AUUCUCCCAGCCCAAAAUUAAAUCAGUGGCCCAAAUACCCAAUCAGACACACUCACACACGUGCUACUCCAAUUCUCCAAAUCAAGGACGCAGCCGCGCUGACUCCACCGCAGAAUCGCUAAUAGGCAAUUGAAACGGCCAAUCGCUGCUCCGGUGACUGUUCGCUCACUUCGCUGGUGCUAGUAGGCCGUCGGACGUUCGGAGCACGGCGCCUGAGAACUUUGCGAUUGUGCAAUUGUGUUCUUUUAUCUGCUUUAUAGUCGUCAUAGUUUGGGUGCUCAACAGAAUCUGCAUUUGGGUAAUUGGAAAAUGGCGAGUGCUUUAGCAAGUAAGGCAGCAUUGGGGGAUCGAAUGUCUGCCUUAUUCAGGCUGUCUUGCAGCUCCUUGAGAUAUUUGAGCACCUCUCCCAACCCAGCGGUUGCACCUGAACUGAAGAAGCCAAAUCUGAAAAAGAAGAAGAAGAAGAACCUCUUUGAGGUGGUGCAGUUCUUGCCAAACUGGGGAAUCGGCUAUCAAUUGGCUAAAACUCACUGGACCGAUGUUUCCUAUCAAAUCACCAAGAUCAAUCUUUACAAGAGUGGAACACACGGAAAGGCUUGGGGCAUUGCUCAUAGAGAUGGCAAUCCGAUUGCCGAAGCACCCAAGAAAAUCAGCGGGGUCAACAAACGCUGCUGGAGAUACAUACCAAACUCACACAAAGCCGAAGAAUGCACCCCGAAGCAUGAAGUUCAGUCUGCCUAGUUUCGCUCAUAUUCUUCUUGGACCAACUGCAUUAUUGCUCAUGACUUUGAAAGUGGUGCGUGUGUAUUGAAAUUUUAUACGUCAGGGAAUUGCCUCAUAAAAUGGAGUCCUUAGCAAUCAGAUUUUAUUGGUGUUUGGUCUUUAUUAGCAUUCAGAAAUGAAUAACUAAGCAUACUUGUUGUGACGCUCUUUUCAAGAAAAAGCCAUUGUUCAUCAUUGGGAUUGCAUUGGAAAAAGUAUCAUCCGUAUCAUCUUCUCAAUUUUUGGAUCACAUCAUAAUUAAAGAUGCGCCGUUUUGCUCUUGUGAAUGUACAUUGGUUUUAGCUUCCGUAGAUUGCAUAUUACUUGUUGGCAGCUGUUUUUUCUCUCCUUC